CGAGGGGUCGGCGGUAUGUCGGGGCUUGUAGGCCUGCUGCCUCUAGCGGGAAGGCGCUGGGUGAGGUCAUCAGAUCUAACCAGGCUGCCUCCUGUGAAGCCUGAGGACGCCUUCAAUGAUUGGAAUAAGGACUUCAGUAUCACCGUAAAGGAGGCUAAGAGGAGGUACGAGCUGCAUGGUGUCAAGAUACAGGGAAAAUACAAACGACAAAAAAGGAAGCUAGUACUAAGACAAGUCGUGAAGGACAUGAUAGCUGUACAUGGGAAUAAAUAUGAUUACUCUCUAGUGGAUUACCACGGUUUGCUUACUGAUGUCACUAUUCGUUGCCCCGUCCAUGGGAGGUUCAGGAUGUCUCCUCAGCUACAUGUGUGCGAGAGGCGAGGAUGCCCAUUGUGUCAAUUCCGUCUGGAUAAGAAUCGGUAUAGGAUGCAGGCCAGGCUUGAAGGAGUUUCAUACGACGAAAUAUUCAAUAGGGGAAGGGCCUUAGCCGACCCUACAUCCCCUUAUAAUGUGGAGAGGGUCAGCCGGGCUGACGCGAGGCUACUAGCAGAAAUUAUCGGACUUAUUCCGGAAAGCAAGUCCUUCGUACUGAUGGGUGAUGGCGAGGACCAAGAUACGGCCCGGAUUCUCGUCAAGAUGACCCUAGAGGCUUCGCGUCUCGGCAAGGAGCACAUUGUUGGUUUGUCGGUAGAGGAUUUCGAGACCGCCCAGCACAUAGCGCGAUCAAUACGGGCCAGUUGUGUCCAAGCCGGUGUGAACUCUGAUAGGGCGGCGACAGUUCUACCGUACGAGGGCGCCAUUCGGACGGCUCAGGCCGGCGAUGCCUUCGUCAUCUUCGCCACUGACCUGCACGGCGUACUGGCAGUGGCCAGCUCGCUACUCCACAGACCCUGUCUCCCGAUUGUACUGUGCUAUCCGAAUGAAUUGAAGUUGAAGGAGAGGUUGAUGGCUUCUCCAGCGAUGACCACUGGGGAGGACUAUAGCGAGGACGACCCGACCGCUUAUGGUCGGCUGGCUGUUCUCGCUCAAAUGGGAUGGACGGUCGAGUCUGUGGUCGAGCCACCACUCGAGCAGGUUACGGACCCUCUCCCUGCUGAGGAGACCCCGGGAGAAGUGGCUACGCUUCCACCAGGGGAGAAUGCUGCUGUUGAAAGGGAAACUCCCACCUGGUUGGAAAUGCCUAAGAAGCAGAACAAAGGCGUCCUGUUAGCGGCGAGAGGAUGGGUGAAGCCGGCUGAUCCCGAGCCCUUCCAUUACAUUUUCGACACCGUGCUGUUGCUACGGCCUCGGCUACAGGAGGAGGGCCUGGGUUAUGAAGACUUGGUCUUGGCUGAUGCUGUGUUGCGUAUGUGCUUUUCGGAUGAACUAUCUCGGAGUAGGCCUGUGGCUAAGUAUGCCGGGAGGCUCUGGCCGUUGGCGGAUAUGAAAGAAGUGUUCACCACGAUAGGGAAGGAUCUCAAGGCUCUUCCCGCCGACUUGGAACCUAUGCAUUGGGUACGCCUCAUACAAGCCCUUGUGGAGUCGGAAAGACGCCACGAGGAAGGGGCCGAUCAGAAUGAAGACGAAGGUUCUGCUACAUGA